CGCAGCUUUACAACGCGUCCUCGUCGUUUGCUGCAAGGUAUUCUGCGGAAGACCUUCCAUCUACUGGCAAGCCUACUGCUGCUUGAUUUCACCUCCUCAGACACAAGCUCAUGCCUCCGGGUCGACCUCCGCUGGAAAUGGGCGGAGACAGCCUCCUUAGUUGGCAUGAUCUGCGCGGUGGUGAUAGGCAGCCUUACAAUGACCCUCAAUGGGGGUUGAGCUGGCUCCUCGUGCCAGUGGAAAUGAAGGAAUAUACAGGCCCCUGUCUGGUUGUGUUCACCCCACCUUUCAUUUCGGGCCACCUCGCCACUUGGGCGACUUCUUCGACCCGGGCGACAGUGCCUCGAGCGACUGUGCAACCUCUCCGAACAACGCUCAAGGGCCAGCUCGAGUCUAUCGCAGAUUUGUACAGUCUGCCCACAACUGACGGGCUGUCACUGUACCUCGAGAAGGAUCCUGCUGGAAAUGCAGGUCCAAGGAUUGGGGAGGCUGUGUGGCAAGCUCUGUGGUCUUCAUAUCUGAACGGGGAUCGACGACACGUGCCCGACGAGACCCACGACGGCUACUGGCCCUCAUUCGAUCGGUUUCAUCGAUGCUGGACAGACCCCAUACGGUCUCCGGGUGGCCAUCAGCGAGCAUUGUCAGCGCCUCUCGAACAGGAGAGCAUUGCUUCAUCUCGCGCUCCUGUGAGAAGACGAUGGAGUGGCGACGUCGUCAAAGCCAGCUCGUCGCUGUCGAACGCUCCAGGGGCGCUUCUCUCAGCCUGCUGUGGACAAGACAAGCUGGCUUUCGUUGUAGGUAGACUGGAAUGCCGCUUUGACUGACAGGGUACAAAGAAAGGAUGACAGUUCUGCGCCGCUGAACGUCAAGAUCAUCCAAACAUCACGAAGGGUCCCAAGGCGUGCAUUCACUCAGAGGGCGCGACUUCCUUUUGGGCAAGAUUUUCGCGAGCGGUGAAAUUGGAUGCACAGUACGCGCAUACUCAGCGAUGGUUCGUCGUCGCAGAAUGCAGCCAUGGAUAGCAGCAGGGAAGCUCGCCGAGCU